CAGAGGAGCCAGAGGAGCCAGAGGAGCCAGAGGAGCGGGCAAAAGGAGCGGCCAUGGGAGGCAUGUACUCGGUUGAGAAAAUGGCGGGAGUCUUUUCGUACCAGAGCUCGGACAUCGACUGGUGUGAGGACAACUUCCAACACUCAGAGAACGUCGCAGAGUUUUUCAAUACGGUGAGCAGUUUCUUCUUCUUCAUCGUGGCUCCCAUCAUGCUCUACCUGCUGCAUCCUUACGCCAAAGAGAGGAACCUGGCCGUGCACAUGGUCUGGGUCAUGAUGAUAUUCGUGGGCCUUUUCUCAGCAUAUUUCCACAUGACCCUGAGUUUUGUGGGUCAAAUGCUCGAUGAACUGUCCAUCCUGUGGGUUAUAGCGGUGGGUUACUCUCUCUGGUUUCCUCGUAAGCUCUUCCCAUCGUUCAUAAAGGACAGGUCGACCUUCUCUAAACUGGUGCUGGUCAUGACAGUUAUCACGUCAUUGGUGUCUUUUGUCAAACCCACGGCCAACGCUUACGCCCUCAACUGCUUCGGUCUGCACUUCCUCUACACUCUGGCCAUAGAGAUGAGAUGCUGCACAGAUCAGAGGGCUCUGCGUCUGGCCAAACUCUCCGUGGGACUCUGGGUUUUGGCCAUCUCCUGUUGGGUCAGCGACAGAUUUGGCUGCAGCUUCUGGCAAAAGAUGAACUUCUGUUACUUGCACGGUCUCUGGCACAUUUUCAUCGUGAUCGCUGUGGCCUACGGCAGCACUCUCAUAGCGUAUCUGGACGCUAACAAUGAGAUCCCGUACUCUCUGCCCGGGCUGCAGUACUGGCCCUGUGACAAGUGGCCGGUGGGCUUACCUCACAUUGUCCUCAAAGGCACCCCAAAAACACGCAAAAGAUGUUGAUUAUGUUUGAAUUGUGUAAAUAACUUUUUCUAUCGCGAACAUUUCCAUAACUAUAUUUCGAGAGGUUGCAUUCAUGUGACAGGUG